AUGGUUAAAUCAACUCAAAUCUCAAGACUUGAUGGUCUCAUGCUGUCUGCAUCUGUGGACGACGAACAGGCAGAGGCCCAACUAUCUGAAAUCAAGGGCCAGGCAAAAAUAAUAUUUCGUCGGCUGAAUAGCAAUUCUGAACCAGAAGCUAGCAUUGAAUCUGGGGAAUAUAAUCUACACUACAUAAUCAAAAGCGACAUCUGCUUCCUAUGUAUCGCUGAUCGCUCGUAUCCUCGAAAGCUUGCAUUCGCUUAUUUAGCGGAUAUCGCAGAUGAGUUUACGACUACAUACCCGCCAACCCAGUAUCUUUCCUCCAACCUCCGGCCUUACGCUUUUGUGGAGUUCGAGACUACCCUUCAGCGCAAGAAGAAACAAUAUCAAGAUAGUCGCGCGUCGGCAAAUCUUGACAAAUUGAAUGAUGAACUGAAAGACGUAACCAAAGUCAUGACUAAGAAUAUAGAAGACCUUCUUUAUCGCGGUGACAGUCUAGAGCGCAUGGGAGAGAUGUCGGGAAGAUUAAGAGAAGAUAGUCGCAAAUACCGCAAGGCUGCAGUAAGAAUUAAUUGGGAGCUCCUUUUGAAACAGUACGGCCCCUUUGGCGCCGUCGGUCUUCUUAUCUUCAUUCUCCUUUGGUGGCGCUUCUUCUAA